ACACUGUUGGUGCUAUUGCAACUGCAUCUGAUAAAGGUGGCAUUGUGUUGAUAUCAGGGACUGGCUCUAACUGUCAAAUGUUGACGCCAAAUGGUCAAACAUUCAACUGUGGUGGGUGGGGUCAUAUGAUUGGUGAUGAGGGAUCAGCAUUUUGUAUAUCACACAUGGCCAUCAAAGCAGUGUUCAAUGCUGAAGAUGGGCUGGUACCCCCGCAGCAUGACAUCACUUACGUAAAGAAACUGGUUUUUGAUCAUUUCAAGAUAGACAAUUUGUUUGGAAUGUUGGAUCACUUCUAUGCAAAGUUUGACAAGGCGUACUAUUCUGGGCUGUGUAAAGCUGUAGCAGUUGGUGCAUUAGAAGAUAAAGACCCUCUGUGUCAGCAUCUGUUCUUCUUAGCUGGCGAACUUUUAGGUAGACAUGUGAAAGCUGUUAUUCAGCACAUGGAUCAGGAAUGUCAAGAAACUCUUUUAAGAAGUAGCAAGGGGCUUCAAAUCAUUUGUGUUGGUGCUGUCUGGCAAAGCUGGAAUCUUCUUAAAGAUGGCUUUUUAACUGGCAUCAGUUGCUCUCCAAGCAACACCGCUGUCCAAGUGAAACGCUUCUCACUGGUAAAGCUCCGCGAGAGUUCUGCUAUUGGUGCGGCUGCGCUAGGCGCGAAAACCGCUGGCUAUACUCUUCCCAUAGAUUAUGACUCCAUGGUAGAAGAAUUCUUUAGCCACGAAUUUUAAUACUCAGAGGUUCUAAGUAGAUUACUCUUAAAAAUCAAAAUACCAUGAUAGCUAGGGAAUUUAUCACUGAGAUGAAGUGACACUGAUAUAAAGUAGUUAGAUCAGCACUAUUAGAACUAUCAUUUGAGAGCAUCAUCGAUCUAGUGGUUUCUAACUGAAUAGCCAAACAGAAACCUUUGGAAGUAUAUAACCGAUUAUAGCAAACGGAAAGAUCAAUCUGGACUCGUAGGUCUGUGCACGUGAUUAGUGUAAAUCGCGGGAAAAUGUGUGCUGCUGUUUGUGUGGUUUCUGUUGUCAAAGAAAAUGUCAGGGAAUGCUUUGAAAGAUUUCUCUGAGUACUGAGUAUGGAAAAGACAUAAUUACAGGUGGUUCCGUCAUGUUUUCCUGCGUAUGCCGGUCCAUGUGCCUGUAUUCCCAGCGUCAGCUAAAAGCCAUUCAGGCAAGCUAAACGUGUUGGAUUUUUGCUUCCGGUAAAGCGCAACAGUGGCUAUUCUCCUUUCAGUUCUUUUCCAUAGGCAGUAGUCAGUUUUCUAAGCUUUCUCAUACAUUCUCUCAGAAGAACGAACACGCAAAUUUAGACAACUUGUGGGCCGCCGCUAAUGGCGCGAGAGUAAAAAAAAACGGAUCAUAUAGCGGGUUCCGUAGUUAAUUUUUUUCUUAGCAACAAAUAUCGUAAUAUAUACCCUUACUGGAUCGGUUAUUAGGCAUACACGAAGAAAAUGAUUUGUUCAGAGUUUGAAUUAUGUUCAUCUCUUCAUUGGAAGGUGAUAAAAGUUGUU